AUGCAGUGCUGUUGUCCUCGAGGGGGACUGAAGACAAUUUGGGAAUUACUUACCGAAAUUGGACUUGGGCAGUAUGCACAGAUCUUCCAAGAAAACGUGAUUGCUAUUGAGCAUGUACAAUACAUGACAGAUGACGACUUCCUAUCACUUGGCGUAAAUGUAAUAGGGAUAAGACUGAAAAUAAAACAAGCUUGUCAGACAUACCUGAAAGGUAUACAGUCAUCACCAGUAGUGUCCAAGUUCAGGGAGCUAGCAAACAGGAGAAAAAGGAAAAGAAAUGAGCCAAAGACAGAAAAAGGAACACGGCGUAUAUACGUGGGGUGGAAGCAUUGGACAUCAAAGGUUUAUAAGAUGGUUGGACCCAAUGAUGAUGGUGGUAAACAAAUGAUAGACGUGCCAAAAGAUUGUGACUUUGAAAAAUUACAGAAAAGGAUAUUAGAUGUGUACUUUCCUGGUGGACGAUCAGAAGCAAAGGGAUUGGAUUUGGAAAAUUUAAAUUUCUUUAUUACCGGUUUUUCUGGACAUGAACUUCCAAAACUUGAAGAAUAUGGUGGAUUCACAGUUGGGAACUAUUUUCAAUUUACUAAGUGCUCACCUGUCAGACUUUAUCUCCAUACUUCAUACAAAGAGUCUGGCAGAACUGCACCACUGUCUUGUCCACCAAAUGUAAACUCAACUUUUAUAGAUGAUACAUCAGAGGAUGAGUUGCCCAGCCUCAGCAAUCUUUCUCGGACUAGAAAUAGAGUCACAAACAGGUCUCAGUCAUCAACUUCGCAGUCCCACAUACCAACAUCUGGAGUGGCUAUUGAACGUCGGCUUGGCCAGGUCCUUUCACCCCCUAUGGAAGUCGCCCAGAACCCAGCUGUUGAAACCACUGCCACAAACAAUGAAAGCUCAGAUGAAUGA